UCACACAAGUCACUCUUAUUAAUCACAUAAAUGAAACAUAUACAGGAAAGAAGUGCCUGCCUGAAACUGACUUCGCGCCUGCCUUGAGUGACUUCUGAGCUUUGUGUUCUCUUUCCCUUCCCAGGCCUAUAUCUAUCUAUCUACUCCGUACCCCUCCUGAGUUUCAGUAUUGCGCUUUCACUCACAAUACCCACCGAACCUUCAAAUCCACCCAAGUGAAGCUUCGCCUCUCCCGAAUCGACUACUUCGCCGUAAUACUACUGCUCCAAAGAUAUUCUUCGCUCUCUGUUCUGGCUAUAAGACGGUACAUAUUCGCAUUGUGACACAAUGGCUGCCCCCGCAACAAAGACAAUUGCCGACCUCUCCGGCCGGUGGGCCAUGAACAAAACCCUCUCUGACUCUCCUGAGCCGGCCCUCGUCGUCCAGGGCAUCGGCUGGAUGACGCGCAAGGCCAUCGGCUUGGCCACCGUCACCCUCAAUGUCAAGCAGUACACCGCCCCGCCUUCCCCUCCCGGCCAAGGCACCGAGCCCGUCACCCACAUCGACAUUGACCAGGUCGCGACGGGCGGUCUCAAAGGCACCUCGGAGGAGCGCUGCCUAGACUUCGAAUUCCGCGAGCACUCGGAUUGGAUGUUCGGCAGCGUCCGCGGCCAGAGCAAGUGGAUGAGCUUCGACGAGAUCGAGGACGAGUUUCUCAAAAAGGGCUGGCUCCAAGGCGAAGACGAGGCUGUGGGCCCCGACGGCAAGAGCCACAUCUACAGCCACGUCGAGAGCAUUGACAACGGCUGGACCGCCACCCAGGUCUGGGGCUUCCAGACCAUCAACGGCGAGAGACGCCACGCCCGCAACAUCCUCGUCCAAAAGGGCGGCAAGAGAGCCGAGAUCCGUCUCGUCUACGACUGGCUCCCCUAGAGUAAUUGCGUUGGAUCCGGAUUGUACCGGAUGUAAUGGCCGAGUGGUGGCCAAGGGGCAGUUUGUCUUAUACGCGGAUGGGUUGGGGUUCUACACUACAUGCAACGAGAGCAAUGGCUCUUACAGACACACACACGAGACUAGCAAUACCGUCACGCACAUGAUGGCGACAUGCCCUACCAAGAGUAGACUUUGAGAGCAUGAAUAAC